AUAUGAAUCAUUAUCUGCAGGUAUGAGGCAAAAUUUAUCGAAACAAUUGUUGAUGCUGUUGUUUUGAUUAAACGAAGUCGAACACCAUUGAACAUCUCUAGUUAUCUCAUUGGAAUAGAUUCCCGUGUUGCAACGUUGAUGAGUUCAAAAUGUUCAAUUCGUUCUCCAUCAGAAGUACAUAUCAUAGGGAUUUGUGGUAUCAGUGGAAUAGGCAAGACAACCAUUGCGAAAGCCGUAUAUAAUGAAAUUUGUCAUAGAUUUGAAGGUUACAGUUUUCUUGAGAAUGUUAGAGAAGUUUCACAACAACACAAUGGUUUAAUUAGUUUACAAGAACAACUCCUUUCUGAUGUCCUUAUGAAGAAAAACUUGAAGAUAAACAACGUUGAUAGAGGAAUAAAUGUGAUCAAACAGAGGCUUCACUGCAAAAGGGUUCUUAUUGUUAUUGAUGAUGUAGAUCAUUCUGAGCAAUUAAAUGCAUUGGCUGUCAAGUAUGAUUCAUUUGGUGUGGGAAGUAUAAUCAUUGUCAUAUCAAGGGAUAAACAUUUGCUAAACGAGGUUGAAGCGUGUCACAUUUAUCAUCCUGAAGAGUUAGACUCUCGUGAAUCUCUUCAACUUUUCAGUUGGCAUGCAUUCAAGAGUGAUGGUCCACCUGAUGAUUAUAAGGAGGUUUCAAAGGAGAUAGUCAGUAAUGUCAAAGGACUUCCAUUAGCUCUUGAGGUCAUAGGAUCUACAAUGUUUGGCAAAAGAAGUUUAUCUGAAUGGGAGAAUGUAUUAGCCAAACUAAAAAGUACUCCUGAUCAUCAAAUUCAAAAAAAGCUUAGAUUAAGUUUUUAUGAUUUGGAUGACAUGGAGAAGGAUAUUUUCUUUGAUAUAGCAUGCUUCUUUAUUGGAAUGGACGAAAGCUAUGUAUCUAAAAUACUAGAUGGAUGCAACUUGUUUCCAGUUAUCGGAAUCAGCGUUCUCAUUCAAAGAUCUCUUAUUACAAUUGAUAAAAAGAAGAAACUAAGGAUGCAUGAUCUUCUUCGAGAGAUGGCAAAAGAAAUUGUUCGUGAAGAAUCUCCUAAACAACCUGGAAGACGUACAAGAUUAUGGUCAAGAGAGGAUGUUUGUGAUGUAUUGGCGAAACAUAAGGGAACCAAAUCUAUUGAAGGCAUCACCCUAAAGAUUUCUCAACUUGAAGAUGUGUGUUUUAAUACCGAAGCAUUUGUAGAUGUACAUAAUCUAAGACUGCUUCAACUAAAUAAUGUACGCCUAAGGGGAGGAUAUGAACAUCUCUCUAAGAAACUAAGAUGGCUUUGUUGGCAUGGAUUCCCUUUGAAUUCUAUACCUACCAAUUUUCACAUGGAGAAUCUCAUUGUUCUUCACAUGGAAAAUAGCAGUGUUAAAGAGGUUUGGAAGGAAAUCAAGCUGCUCAAAAGGUUGAAAAUCCUGAACCUUAGUCACUCGAGUUACUUGAGGAAAACCCCCAACUUCUCAGGAGUCCCCAAUCUUGAGGAACUGGUCCUUGAAGAUUGUAAAAGUCUUGUUGAGGUUCACGGAUCCAUUGGGUAUCUUGAAAAGCUAAUAGUCUUGAAUUUGAAAAAUUGCAAUAACCUUAUGAAGCUUCCAGACAGCAUUGGUAUGUUGAGAUCUCUUGAAGAGCUCAAUCUCCAUGGUUGCUCGAAACCAGUGCAACGAUCUACUUAUUGGUUUUCUUCAUUCCCCCAAUAUCUCGGUUCACUAAGAAGACAGCAUGCUUCUACCAAUUUGCUUCCUGCUUCUUUCUCUGGUUUAUGCUCUUUGAAAUCAUUAAAUCUCAAUUAUUGCAAUCUGUCAGAAGAUAUGAUUCCCAAUGAUUUCUGGAGCUUGCCAUGGUUGAGGGUGUUAAGAAUGGACAGGAACAGUUUUUGCACCCUACCAGCCAACAUCAGACGUCUUCCUCGUCUUGAAGAUCUUACACUGAGAGAUUGUAGAGAUCUCAAACUAAUAAUGACAGAGCUUCCGCCAAUUUUAAGAUAUUUGGAUGUAGCAGGUUGCUCAACAAUGGAAAUAUUAUCAUCCAACAUCAGCAAUCUCUCUAGACUUAGGCAUCUUAUUUUGAAUGGAUGUAAGAGGCUACAAUCAUUGCCAAAGCUUCCACCAUGCUUGGAGGUGUUGGAGGCAAAUGAUUGUGCAUCUUUGCAAGGAGUAGACGUUGAGGGCUUAGAGUACUUAAAAGAGUUAGUUAUCGAUUAUGAUCACUUCUGUAGUAAAUCGGAUGAAAUAUGUUGCCUUCCUAAUCUUGAGAUGCUAACUUUGGAAGGCUGUGGUAGGCCUCAAAUACUGCCAAAGCUUCCAUCAAGUUUAGAUACCUUGUUUGUAGAUGGUGACAUAUCGAAUUUGCUAGUCAAUUGCGGGGAGAUCCAGAGCAUGGAAACUUGUCAUCAAUCUGUACAAGGCGUCCACAUGGAAGGGUACUGCCACCAUCUGGGGAACACUUUGAGGAAGAAUAGCUUCUUCCAUCUCCAGGGUCACUUUGAAAUAUGGGGUAGUGGGAGUGAAAUUCCGGAAUGGAUAAGCCAUCAAAAUAUGGGGUCUUCAAUAUCCUUUGAGUUAUCUGAUGAUGACAACUGUUCAGGUUGUCAGAUCCAAGGGUUGGAUGUAUCUGCUGUUUUUUCAGUUGAGAAAUUCACCGUUCACUUGCGUUCUCACACUGUAAUUUGUAAUAAAACUAAAGGUAUUCGAUGGAGGUCCUUUUUUGUUAAUUGGCAAACCACAAGUCCACUUCCACUAGGUCAAGAUUUAUUGUGGGUGCGCCAUAUUACAAUUCCUGAACUUUGGGGUUUCUCAGGACGCGAAGCUGUUUUUGGCGAUCACUUUGAAGUGGGGGAUCAUGUGGAGGUUUCAGUAGAUAUUGAGGCUUAUUAUCCUAGUGGAAGUUUGCAAGUGAAGAAGUGUGGAGUCCUUCUGGUCCACAGGCCACAUGAGAAGAACCUAUCAGAUGAUCAAUCAAUGGCAGAAUACAUGUCUGCUUCAGAUGAUGAUGAUGAUGUCGUUUUCAAUGGAGAAGAAUCAGUAUUGGUUCACCUUAAAGAUGAUGAGAAUAAAAUCAGUGGUCAUAAUAUUGAGGGCAUCGCAGAAAAUGGCAUUGAUGCCAAAAGGUUGAGGAUUGGGCUGUAAUUAUUGCAACAUAUAUAUAUUAGUUGCCAUUUCCCAUAUAUAUAUAUAUGGAACACGUACAAGCCCAUUGCAGAGGCCAAUUCAUUUGCAAGCUGGAUGAUACUCAGCUUGUACUAUCUUCCCCAUGAAGGCGCAUGGCAUGUAUCAGAAAGGACUCAAAAUGACAAUUAAAUCAGCACAUAAAAUAUCUGGAAGACUCAUGAUAUUGUGAUCUUCAACUUCUUUGAUCCUGAUCUUUAUAGCACAGUGGCAUGCAUUGCUGACUCCAUCCAGGAAUGAAACAUCAGCUUGGCUUAGAAAGCUUUUGAGUUCUGUGUAUCCUACUGAUAACUCUUGUGCCUCUUAGAGCUCUUGAAAUUCAUUUCGUGAUCUCUACAGAUGGGGCAUUGCGGGCCUCGGCUCACAAGGGUGGCCGUGGUGCUAUUAUUAGAUCGCAUUUGGUAUCAUUCAUUGCGGCAAGAUGCAGACCUGGGACUAGUGUUUCUGCUGCGGAAGCUGUGGCUCUACGUGAUGGAAUCUUGCUUGCUCAAGCUGUUUGCUUGCCGGCUGUAGUUGUGUAUAAUGAUUAACAAUGGAUCAUUAAGGGUUGAGAGAAUGAAAUCUUCAGUCCCCCAAUGUAAUAUAGUAGUCCAAUGCAGGUAAGGCAAGCCGAGAUAAGUCCCAUGUCCAGACAUUGCUAAUGACUAGAUUUGUUACAGCGAUCCAGUACCAUUAUGAUCUCA